UGAGUCAGAAUCCGGCCUCCGCCCUUCUGCCUGGCCGGAGGAAGUGUUGAUAAGAGGUGUCUGUUUCUCCCUUUUGUCAAUUAUUGGGAAAAACGGAGUAAAUAUGACGGGACGGCUGCCUCCUUGUAUCGUGGAUGUGGGCACCGGCUACACCAAGCUGGGCUUUGCGGGGAACCAUGAGCCACAGAUGAUCAUCCCAUCGGCCGUGGCCAUAAAGGAAACGGCCAAAGUAGGCGAGCAGUCCCAGCGGCGUCUGUGCAAGGGUGUGGAAGACCUCGAUUUCUUCAUUGGAGAUGAGGCCAUGGAUGCGACUGGAUAUGCUGUCAAGUACCCAGUGAGACACGGCAUUGUGGAGGACUGGGACCUGAUGGAGAAGUUCAUGGAGCAGUGCAUCUUCAAGUACCUUCGUGCCGAGCCGGAAGACCACUACUUCCUCCUUACUGAACCCCCUCUCAACACACCAGAGAAUAGGGAAUACACAGCAGAAAUUAUGUUCGAGUCGUUCAAUGUGCCUGGCCUCUACAUCGCCGUCCAGGCCGUGCUCUCCUUAGCAGCCUCCUGGGCCUCACGGCAGGCCACUGAGAGGUCCCUCACUGGCACCGUCAUUGACUCUGGUGAUGGUGUCACUCACGUCAUACCAGUGGCUGACGGCUACGUGAUUGGGAGCUGCAUCAAGCACAUCCCCAUUGCUGGCCGUGACAUCACCUACUUCGUGCAGAGCCUGCUGAGAGAGCGCGAGCCCAACAUUCCACCCCAGCUCAGCAUGGAAACAGCAAAGGCAGUCAAGGAAAAGUUCAGCUACAUCUGCCCAGACAUUGCUAAGGAAUUCAACAAGUAUGACAGCGACCAGGCCAAGUGGAUCAAGCGCUAUGAGGGCAAGAAUCCCGUCAACAAUCAGACCUUUGGGAUUGACGUGGGCUAUGAGCGUUUCCUUGGACCUGAGAUUUUCUUCCACCCCGAGUUUGCAAACCCUGACUUCACAACUCCGAUCAGCGAAGUAGUAGACAAUGUCAUUCAGAAUUGCCCCAUUGAUGUGCGACGGCCACUGUACAAGAAUAUCGUCCUCUCGGGAGGUUCCACUAUGUUCAAGGACUUUGAUCGUCGUCUGCAGAGGGAUGUAAAGCGCAUUGUGGAUGCGAGACUGCGUAUCACUGAACAGCUGAGUGGUGGUCGCAUUAAGCCAAAGCCGAUCGAUGUGAAUGUCAUUGCACAUAAGAUGCAGCGUUAUGCUGUCUGGUUUGGAGGUUCCAUGCUUGCUUCAACACCUGACUUCUACCAAGUCUGUCACACGAAGGCAGAGUAUGAAGAGAAGGGACCCAGCAUCUGCCGACACAAUCCAGUCUUUGGUGCUAUGGCUUAAUUUUAAGGAGUGUAGUCACUAUGCAAAAAAAAAGGGGGGGAGGGGGGUCAGAAGGAAUAAAGGCACAAAAUAAGUCAAGUUAAUAGAUAUACCAGUGACAUGGAAAUUGAGUCAUACUGUUUUAGCUUUUUUGUUUUUCUUUUUCUUUAUAAUUAGGGGGAGUAAUUGUAAAGUGAGAUAUUUAUACUAGGAAUAUAAGGACAUAAUAAGAGGGGAUGACAAAAACAGAAAAAUGAGAUACGAAUGGCACUAAGAAAGCGGUGUGUAUUUCUUCCAUGUAAAAAUUUAACUUAUUUAGAUUUUGAAUUUUGUUUUUUUCUCUCACUCUUUGCCCAAAGAGGUUGUCUGAAAUUUCUUUGUUGAUUGUGGCUGAUGGGUUAUAUGAUAUGAUUGUGUGGUGAUUUUUAAAAGUUUCCAAUGAAAAUGUGUGUUGUUUUUGCUUAUACCCACAAAGCACAUGGUAACCACAGGUAGGAGAAUAAAAGGCUGCGUCAUAGUGCUUUUAUUGGUGGUUCAGGAAGGCUGCAUCUUACGGACUUUCUGAGAAAUGUUAUCUUUCCGCAAUGUUUGUUAUUGCAUAGCAUUGUAUCGUAUGAGAGUGUAAUAGUAUAUAUUUUAUUUGAUUACUGUUGAUUUUUUUGUUCUCUUCUCUUUUUUUUUUUGUAUUUAAUAUAUCUGUUGAUUAGGACAAGUACUUUUAAAGCUUUAAAAGAUAUUACUUAACUUUUAAAGGAGAAGAAAUAAUUUUUGUGUGUGACACUAGCCCAGUAAAAAUAUUAAUGUUCGUAGAAUUAGAAACUUUUAUAUGAUUUCAUAAGAAAUAGAGGGAAAAAAGUGCAACUUGACAUCUAUACUUUGUACUGGAGAUUUUUUUGUUUUGUAUUGAUAAAUAAUUUUCAGUAAAUGGUUCCUAGGAAAAAGCCAGAAUUGCAACCAGGAUUAAUUAUAGGAGCAGAAAGAAAUCUGAAUGUGUGAAUGAUUAAAAGAUGCUGAAAACCGAG